ACGAUAAAAUAACCUUCCUUCAUCAAAUCAAUGCGCAGUGUGAGUAGACUUUUUUUCAAGAUGGCGGCGAUUGGACUUUUUCCACACACCUGUUUUGAGAAAACGCCAUAAUAAACGCUGCCUUUGGCCUUACAGGACAAGCAUAACAUUGUAAAAGCCUCCCAAACAGUUCAACACCAAGUCCCCGAAACGCCAUCAUGCCGUUUGGACAAGUUGUCAUUGGCCCACCCGGCUCGGGAAAGACGACCUACUGCCGUGCCAUGCACGAGUUUCUCACCGGUCUCGGGCGCAAAGUUACCAUCGUGAACCUCGACCCUGCAAACGACGCAUUACCUUACGAGUGCACGAUAAACAUGCAAAGUCUCAUAACACUCGAAGACGUGAUGGAAAAACUGAGACUAGGACCUAACGGUGGGUUGAUAUAUUGUAUGGAGUUUCUUGAGAAGAAUCUGGACUGGCUGCAGGACUUGUUGGAGAAGCAGAAGGAUCGGUACUUUCUGUUUGACUGCCCAGGACAGGUGGAACUGUACACACACCACAACUCUGUCAGGAACAUUGUGGCACAACUACAGAAGUGGGAUUUUAGGUUAGUGUCUGUGCAUCUGGUGGACUCUCACUACUGCAGUGACCCGUCCAAGUUUGUGUCCAUCCUGCUGACCAGUCUGGCCACCAUGGUCCAGAUGGAGUUACCUCACGUCAACGUGCUGUCCAAAAUUGACCUAGUGGAAAAGUUUGGCAAACUAGAUUUCAACCUUGACUUCUACACUGAUGUUUUGGACCUGCAGUACCUGUUUGGACACCUAGGGGGCGAUCCAUUCUUUGCUAAAUACAAGAAACUGAAUGAGGCCAUUGUGGGUGUUGUAGAGGAUUACAGUCUGGUGUCAUUUGUCCCACUGAAUGUUGAGGAUAAGGACAGCAUGAGGGAAAUGAUGAAGGCUGCGGACCGUGCCAUUGGCUACCACUGGGGGGAGGGGGAGGAUCGCACCUUACAGGCUAUGAUGUCAUCAGCUUUGGGUGCCGACUAUGAGUACUUCAAAUCAGCACAGGUACAGGAGAAAUACAUGAAGGAAGAAGCAGAAGAAACACAAGAGAAGGAAGAAGAAAUGGACAUUUUUCCUGGCAACUUGUGACAGAAGAUGGAAAUUUUGCCAUAAUUUUAUUUUUUACAGUGAAAAGUGACCAGGCCUUUUCUACACAUUGUACCCUAUUUGGUAUUGAAAGUGCAAAUAAAAAAAAAAA